UCCACCGUCCACCAACCAAGCGCGACUGCGCGAGCGCCUCUCCUUCUUCUUCCCGAAGAAACAGAGACGGGGGUGUCCCCUCUACUCUUCUCUGUCUCAACUCCGCUACUGCCGCAAGAUCCACCGGGUCGUCGAUUUCUCGGGAGCAGAAGGGGUUAACCUUCGUGUUGGAAACAAUGUACUUUGAAGGCUAUGGCUACCGUGGAAGCACUUUUGAGCAGACAUAUCGCUGCUAUCCUGCAUCUUUCAUUGAUAAGCCACAACUUGAGGCCGGUGACAAAAUUAUUAUGCCGCCGUCGGCUCUUGAUCGUCUUGCAUCUCUGCAUAUUGAAUAUCCUAUGCUUUUUGAAGUCCACAAUGCGGCAGCAGAACGGACUUCACAUUGUGGUGUCCUGGAGUUCAUUGCAGAAGAAGGCAUGAUUUACAUGCCAUAUUGGAUGAUGCAAAAUCUUCUUCUGCAAGAGGGAGAUAUGGUGUUCAUAAAAAAUGCCAACCUCCCCAAGGGCACAUAUGUCAAGUUGCAGCCUCAUACAACAGACUUUUUAGAUAUCUCAAACCCCAAAGCAAUCUUGGAGAAAACUCUGCGGAACUUUUCUUGUCUAACCACAGGUGACAGCAUUAUGGUAGUGUAUAAUAACAAGAAGUACUACAUUGAUAUAGUGGAGACAAAACCUUCCAAUGCUAUAAGUAUUAUUGAGACUGAUUGUGAGGUUGACUUUGCUCCACCACUUGACUACAAAGAACCUGAACCAGUAAAACCUGCUGGUCCUGCAAACAUGGAGCCUGCUACCGAGGCUCGUGCUGAAGAAGAACCAAAGUUCAUUCCCUUCACUGGUUCCGGAAGGCGUCUGGAUGGGAAGGCUUCCAAAGAUAAAGAUGUGCUGGCCUCAUCCCAAGCAAAACGACAAGCUAAUGCGGCCAAUAGUGUCCAGCCAUCAACAGCCACCACAUCACAGGGCAGUUCGUCGCGUAAGACCACAGGAAAGCUUGUGUUUGGCUCCGGUGGAAGUCGAGCUGAUAAGGCACCUGAGAAGGAAGCAAAGGAAGAACCAAAGAAAGAAGAACCAAAGUUCUCGGCGUUUACGGGAAAGAAAUACUCACUGAGGGGCUGAAUAAAUAGCCAGAUAAUGUAUUAUCAGUAUUUACAGCGCCAGACAUGAUCAGGGAGAAGGUAGCUUUACAUAUCAGUAGUGGCUCCACUGCGGCUGAUAAAGGAUCACAAUUCUACACAGCAGAAACAUUCAACUUUAAGAUGCCACUAACACAACCAAGGAUGGCCAUCCCACAGAACAGGGAUAAUUAGCGAGGAGCACAUCAAGUUCAUAUCUGUCUAUGGAUUUUUGUUUAACUUCCAUGUACAUAUUACCGUCUUCUUUACUGUUAUUUGCGUCGCCUGAUUGGGACGUGACUGUAGGGUGACUUAUUUCCCUUUCUUAAAAAUUUCAGUGAACAGCACAUCUAGUUACAGCAA